AUGGUCCAAUCGCGGCGGCGAGGCGGCAACUACCGGUGCCCGCGCCGCGCCGCACUGCCGGCGGCGGCGCUCCUGCUCUUCCUCCUCGCCGCCGUCGCGCUGCUCUACGUCUCCCCGCCUCCGCUCGCCGACCACCCCGUGGUCGCCUCCUCCCGCCGCCGCCGCUCGCCCCAUGCCCUGCUGAACAGCUCCGGCGGCGGUGGCAUGGAGGAGUCCGAGCGCCGCGAGAUUUCUCGUGCUCCGACGAAUGGUUCGGCCGUCAGGGAUGACCUUUGGGGUUCAAAGCUUGCUAGCAAAUUUUAUGGGUGCAGCAACUCAAGCAGCAAGUUCCUUGAUUCAAACAUUACUACCCAACCAGACCACUAUUUGAUGAUUGUUACAAGUGGAGGCCUGAAUCAACAGAGAACAGGGAUAAUUGAUGCUGUUGUUGCUGCACGUAUUUUAAAUGCCACACUUGUUGUUCCCAAACUAGACCAAGCAUCCUUCUGGAAAGAUUCAAGCAAUUUUUCGGAUAUUUUUGACACCAACUGGUUCAUCUCAUCUCUAUCAAAGGAUGUAAAGAUUGUGAAAGAGCUUCCACAUGUAGGAGGUAAACUUCGGGCUCCUCACAGGAUGCGUGUUCCCCGAAAAUGUACUGAGCGGUGUUACUUGAACCGUGUGUUGCCUGCACUCCUUAAGAAACAUGUUAUCCGAUUGACGAAGUUUGAUUAUAGAUUAGCAAACAGGUUACAAACUGACUUGCAAAAGUUGAGAUGUAGAGUCAACUAUCAUGCAUUGAGAUUUACUGCUCCAAUUCAAGAGAUGGGUGAAAAGCUAAUACAAAGAAUGAGGGAGAGGAGCAAGUAUUUUAUUGCUCUUCAUUUGAGAUUCGAACCUGAUAUGCUUGCCUUUUCGGGGUGCUAUUAUGGUGGUGGAGAGAAAGAGAGGAGAGAACUUGGUGCUAUAAGGAAGAGGUGGAAAGGUUUGCAUCCUAACCCAGAGAAGGGAAGAAGGCAAGGUAGAUGCCCUCUAACUCCUGAAGAGGUGGGUCUGAUGCUGAGAGCCCUGGGCUACAGAAAGGAUGUCCACAUCUAUGUAGCUUCCGGAGAGAUAUAUGGAGGUGCAAGGACUCUGGCACCUCUUAAAGCUCUCUUCCCCAAUCUCCACACAAAAGAAACAAUAUCUAGCAAAGAGGAGCUGGCUCCAUUCUCUAAAUAUUCCUCUCGCAUGGCUGCACUUGAUUUCAUUGUCUGUGAUGAAAGUGAUGCUUUUGUGGCUAACAACAACGGCAACAUGGCUAAAAUUUUGGCUGGACAAAGGAGAUACUUUGGGCACAAGAGAACGAUCCGACCAAAUGCCAAAAGGCUCUAUCCCUUAUUUUUGAACAGAGGAAACAUGUCAUGGGAUGCAUUCUCCUCAAAAGUACACAUGGUUCAGAAAGGAUUUAUGGGGGAGCUCAAAGAGCUGAGGCCAGGGAGGGGGGAGUUUCAUGAGAACCCCUCUACCUGCAUCUGUGAAAGGACUGAUGGCAAAGCAGUAGCCAGGGCCAAAUCUCGAGAUGAUCAAGUAUUGAAUAGUGGUGCUGAUCGAGGCAAAGGCAUUGGCGAGCCAGCUGUUCCUAAUCAUACUGAUGAAGAGGUGGGCGAACCUGAUGAUGACGAAGAUGCCCCUGCAGAGAAAGAGAUUGUUGAUGCUGAAAUGGACGACGAUGUGUUGGUCGGACCAGAGGAUCCUGAGCUAGAACAGAUUCUUUCAGACUAG